GUAAUAUUGGUAUCGAUAGCCGCCGGCGACUACAGUAUCGAUGACUACAAAGCGGUCGGGAAUUCGCGGAACUUUACGGGAAAAGUGGUUCUCGUGAGCGGUUCCUCGUCCGGCAUCGGAGAGGGAAUUGUUAAGCUGUUCUCACUAUUGGGCGCCAGUGUUGUCGUCACCGGUAGGAAAGCGGCCGACAUAUCAAAAGUAGCCAAAGAAUGUCUAGAAUUAUCACCAAAAAAGUUAAAACCCCUGGAAGUGGUGGGCGAUCUGACCAAAUCAGCUGACGUUAACAAUUUAAUUGAGGCCACUAUUAAAACAUAUGGUAAACUGGAUGUGUUGGUCAACAACGCCGGCAUACGUAAGCCGGCGAACAUCACUCAACCCGAUAUACUGCAGAUCUGGGACCAGACGGAGGCCAUAAACAUGCGCGCAAUUAUUGAACUGACACAUCUAGCAGUGCCUCACCUUGAUAAAACUAACGGCUCUAUCAUUGAUAUAUCUGCCGUAAACGCGUACGCACCGAUUAAAUAUGACCUGGCUUAUUCAGUAAGCAAAGCCGCACUGGAGAUGUCUACUAAAAUACUGGCUCUAGAAUUGGCGCCUAAAGGUAUUCGGGUUAAUAACGUUAGCCCUGGUGUUAUUCAGGAUCGAGACAAAGUAAGCCCAGAGCAACAAAUGGCUAUUGGUGUGACCCCAUUGGCCCAAUUGGGUCAGCCCCUGGACGUCGCUAAAGCGGUCGUAUUCCUGGCCUCCACUGACGCCCAGUUUAUUACCGGCGCCUCCAUUAUAGUGGACGGAGGGGUUGUAUUCAAUGCCGGUGUGGCCAAUAUUAUAGAUAGACCAACUUAG